CAGUUCUCUCAACCCUUGCCUUUGACAGGCCACACCAAUCACCGAACACUGUCAAGAAUCACCGCGCACCCUCUCAUUCGCUCAUCAUCGGUUUCCGGCCACCGAUCCACGCUUGGUUUUGAGCCAGAUUCGGAAUAACCAGACUACUUCAACCACCCGGAACGCCAAGGAUUGGAGCCCCUGUGUGAAUGACAUUGAACUCAGUUGUCAACAACAAUGGAUACUCGUCAACCCAUCUGUCCGAACCCGGACGACCACGACAGUAGUCCCUGGCCGGCGGACUCCAAACGGCCCAUCCACGCUGCUCCGGUCCCUCAAAGAUUUGUGUCCAUGCCGGCCGCCAACAUGGUCCCAAACGGAUGGAUGCCCGUUCCCGGUUCUCACCCGGCGUUCAUCGUCCCGGCUACCCACCAGAAUAUGGCCGGACACGUUGGAAUGGUGCACCACCACCAGCAGCAUAACUGGGGCCAAUAUGCUCCGUGCAUAAUCUCAUCUCCCAUGACGCCUCCUAACCCAGGAGCAGUGUAUGACGCCCACGGAAGGAGCGGAAGCCUGCCCCAGGCUCACGCCCAUGUGGCUCACUGGCCUCAAGGCCAACAGCAACACAUGUUAUACGUUAACCCGAACCAUACUAAUCCGGUCUGCUUGCGCGCGCAGCAGUCUGAAAAGGCUGCUCUGGCUCAGUGGUACGCCAGGCUGUCUUUGAGUGAGACUGAAAAGUCUCCCAUUCCUGCAACUGCCAUUGCCACUGGCACGGCUACUGCCACCUCUGAAGUGCCAGUCCAGCAAUUUCCUAGCGUCAAACAGGCUUCGGUUCCGGUUGUCGCAGAUACCACAGCCAUAGGAGCCACGGCACUGACGGUGGCCACGGGAGCCACAGGAGCCACGAGAAUCAUAAUGGGACCCGACGGCACAACCCUCGUCCCACCUCCUGACCCCGCCCACCCAGGCUGCGAGCUCUCCAUGCCCAUGGCCAAAGCGAUGGAAAACUUCUCCAUCCCUCAUUGCUGCAAUUACUUGCAAACUAAGGACCUACUAAGAGACAAGAUCGUGAAACAAGUACUCGAGAAUACUCAGGAGAAACUUAUGGAACUGCUGCAGAAUGAACUGGACAAAAUGAGCGAGGAAGAUGAUGAUUCCGACCUUGACUUGGACGCCGAAGACGAGGAGCCGGAACAGGACUCUGGGGACUGGACAUUCGAGGGCUGAGACGAGGAUACGGCGCCACGCGGUGACGGACAUAUGGGGGAAAGCCGACCCGGGAUAUCUGGAUGUCUUCUAAUGGUGACGGUGGAGGUGGGGGCGUGAAGACAUAUGUGCUAGGACCUGUUAGGACUGGACUCUCUUUGGUACUUUUUAUUGAUGCUCUUUUACUUACGUUGUUGUUGUUGCCUCCUACCUUUCUCUUUCUUCUCUCUCUGUUAGAUCAUUGCAAUCAAGGACCACAUCGAUGUUUAAGCCAUUAAAAUCCUGAAGACAGAAUGCAUGAUAACAAAAAGACUUGGCUUUGCUCUUGAUAUGAGGAGGCUGUCAAAAUUUCAUCUGAUCGCCCCAUUGGCCAAGAUCAUAAAGACACUCUUU